AUGGUUCUUCAACAUUCUACUGCGCCUUUUACCGAAACAGCGGGAGAAGUGGUGCCUGACCCGCCGCAGCCGAAAAUCCCUUCUUUUGUGCAUACGACGAGACCGGACCUCGAAAGCUUUGUCGACAGAACGAUGCCUUUCUGGACCACUCAGGAUACACGCAAUGCUAUUCUAUCCACCCUAGUUCCCGGUGGAGCCGCUGCCCUUGCGUUCGCCACAUUCGCCAAGGAUGUCGAGACUGUCAAGUGGUGGGAGGCCGUCAGAAAACCACAAUGGGCCCCGAAAGAUGUCCGUGUGUACAGCCUCGUUGAUGUUCUUACUAUCGCCCCUCUAGGAUACGCCUCAUAUUUGGUGUACAAGAAUGGAGGAGGCUUCGACUACAAUGACACCCGCCUCGCUCUCGGUCUCUAUGGCACAAACCUCUUGCUUGCACUGGCAACCGUUCCGAUCGUCAAGCAGCGCAAGAUCAGCUGUCUUGCCACGAACUCGAUCUUGGUCCAUUUGACGGCCGCCGCAGCUGCCUACGCCUUCUACAACAUCGAUCGCCGUGCCGGUUACCUGAUGAUCCCCUACAGCCUGUGGACCGGUUAUUACGCCAUUCUCACCUGGGCCAUCAAGAAAGAAAACGAGAUUGUCAAGGAUCUC